GCCUCCUCUCUGCUCGGAUUGCAUCAUCACCUCCGCGACGGCGCUUCCUUUCUAGGCUGUAUUGUGUCCAGGAAAAUGGCGGCGGGGAUCGGCAAGCACAAGCUGCUGAACGCGGGACCCACCGAGCCAUGGUCCAUCCGGGAGAAGCUGUGCCUUGCCUCCUCAGUCAUGCGCAGCGGCGACCAGAACUGGGUGUCUGUAAGCCGCGCCAUCAAACCAUUUGCAGAACCAGGGCGCCCUCCUGAUUGGUUCUCACAGAAGCAUUGUGCCUCGCAGUACUCGGAGCUUUUGGAAACCACAGAGACCCCAAAACGGAAACGAGGGGAACGAGGAGAGGUUGUGGAGACCGUAGAAGAUGUAAUUGUACGGAAACUGACAGCAGAAAGAAUUGAGGAACUGAAAAAGUUGAUAAAAGACACGCAGGAGAAAUACAGGAAGUUGAAAAAGGAAGCAGAACUGAUUCAGAGUGGCCACAGGGACAGCAAGCUUGAAGACCUGUGGAAUGACAUUGUGGCCAAGAAGAAACAAGAGGAAGAGGAAGCCGAGCUGAAGAGAAAGACUACAGAUGCUGCUUACCAAGCUCGCCAGGCAGCUAAGAACAUUCCUCGAAGAUCUUCAACUGCAAUAGGCCGUUCGUCUGUUGGCUCAUCAUCUCCCGGUGGAGAGUUUGGCCUUGGAGACCUGACACCAAGCAGCACAGAGGAGGGAAGUGUGGGGGUAAGUGUGGGGUCUUUACCAAGCACCCCAGUCUCCUCCUCCUUCAUUGGCAUUCCUGAUACCCCUCCUCCUCUUCCUGCCCCUUUGGAAUCCCCGUUGACCCCUGUGAUGGACGACUCUCCCCAGAAAAAGACGGGACAGAAAGCAACUCCGCCCCCCUCCCCGCUGUUAUCGGAGCUUCUGAAGAAAGGCAGUCUGUUGCCCACGAGUCCCUGUCUGGUCAAUGAAGGGGAAAUGGCUUUAGCGUCUAAUCAUAUUUCUGGAUCAAGUGUCCUAAUGGAUGUUGGAGUUCUCCCCAAUCUGCAUGGAGGUGAGAUGCACCCUGUUCCAGGCACAAUACCUGCAUCUCCAGCAGCAUCGGGUGCUCCCACUCUUUCCCGGCUUCUAGAAGCUGGUCCUGCACACUUCGCUACAUCUCUCGCUUCCUUCUCUGCUCCUGCUGCAAGUGAAUCUCCGUCUAAAUCUUUGCUGACCCCUAUAGAAUCCCAGGCUACCAUUAUUAUGAUGUCAGCCCUGCCAAUGACUGCAGCUGUCCCAGUGGCCCAACAGGAGGAUAACGACUCUACCUCCGAUCAACACACUGUAACCGUGUCCAUGGAUAGCAGUGACAUUUCUAUGAUCAUAGACUCCAUCAAUAAAGAAUGCUUGGCAAGUAGUGAUGGAAGCAUGCAAACUAAGGACGAAUCAUCUGAGAGCAAGGGAGAUUUGGACCUAGCAGAAAAGAUGGACAUUGCUGUAUCCUACACUGGGGAGGAAUUAGACUUCGAAACUGUUGGUGAUAUUAUUGCAAUAAUUGAAGACAAGGUGGAUGACCAUCCUGAGGUUCUAGAUGUAGCUGCAGUGGAGGCAGCCCUCUCAUUUUGUGAAGAGAAUGAUGACGCCCAAACGCUUUCUGGGCCUUGGGAUCAGCCUGUCCAAGAUCAUUCAGCAAAAUCGGAGAGCAUUGCACAGUCUCUUAUACCAAGGCCCAAAGAUCCAACCUGUGUCCAGACAGAUACACUAAUGAAUAUCAUGGAAAUGACUCCUGAAAUAAAAUCAGAACCUCCUGAGUCUGAAGUCCAGCCUGCCCAGUCAGAGGUGACCUCAAUUACUCCUCGCGCUACCUUUCAGCUUGAAAAGCCUGAAGAUGAGGUGAGAGGGACCACUUCAAAUGAGACAAUUAAAGAAGAGGAAGAAGAUCACCAGCUUAAAACUGAGACACCACAGUGUGAGAAUUACCCAAAUGAAGCAUAUCCUAGUGAAGAAGAUAAAGGAUCUGAAGAUAAUCCAGUGCUAAGUGAACCAGUUAAAGCAGAACCUAUAUCCAGCAGUAACAAGGACUCGCAAGCAGAGGAGGAAGAGGAGGAGGAAGAUGUCACAAGUGAAGUUGGCAGUCCAGAGGAGCCCAAGGAAGAAGAGGCUGGAGAAGAGUACCUGUCUGAGGUGGACAAUGAGCCACCAAUUAGUGAGAGUGAUGAUGGCUUUAGUAUUCAUAAUGCCCAGCUUCAAUCCCACACUCUUGCUGAUUCUAUUCCUAGCAGUCCAGCAUCUUCUCAGUUUUCUGUCUGUAGUGAAGAUCAAGAGGCUAUCCAAGCUCAGAAGAUUUGGAAAAAAGCUAUAAUGUUGGUGUGGCGAGCAGCAGCCAAUCACAGGUAUGCCAAUGUCUUUCUGCAGCCUGUAACAGAUGACAUUGCUCCUGGCUAUCACAGCAUUGUACAAAGGCCUAUGGAUCUUUCCACGAUAAAGAAAAAUAUUGAGACGGGUAUAAUUCGAACCACAGCUGAGUUUCAGAGAGACAUCAUGCUUAUGUUCCAGAAUGCUGUGAUGUAUAAUAGCUCUGAUCAUGACGUCUAUCAUAUGGCUGUGGAAAUGCAAAGGGAUGUAUUGGAACAAAUUCAGCAAUUUUUGGCCACGCAGCUGAUUAUGCAAACAUCCGAAUCUGGAAUAAGCGCUAAGAGCCUGAGGGGCCGAGAUUCUACACGCAAGCAGGAUGCCUCUGAAAAGACUCCUUUCUCUGAACAACAGACAAUAAACAGAUUCCCAGCCAUAUGUGAGCUUAACACAAGUCCAGAUCAGCACGAACUCCUAAAACUGAGAAUAAGUUGCCUUGGCUUCAAAGAGCUAUCAAGUGCAGAAGGACAGGCUAAAGAUAUUAAAUUGGAUUUAUCUACCACAAGCACAGAAGUUUUAAAAGUUUGCCAAUCUCUAACCCAAUCUGAGUCACAUAAUGAGAAAUUCACUGAGAGAGACAAUGAACUUGGCUCAGGUAAAAAGUUAGAGAAAAAUAUGGACUCCCAUAUUUGCGAUGGUAUCUGGAAGAGUGAAGAAGAAAAGACAUGUGAAAGUCAGCCUUUGGACACAGCAGAUGUAAGAAAGGAGUUUUUGGUGAGCUCUUCACAGGAUCCAACUGACAAUAAAGCAAGCAGUGACCCAGAAAACAUGAAAGAAGAUGAUCACCCACAGCAUUGCAAGUCUGUGUUGGAAAAUGAUCAUGGUUCUACCACUUUGAACAGUAUAAAUGAAAUCUGCAUUUAUGACAGGACAAAAUGUGUUAUACCCAAAAAUCUUCCACUUCUUAAAUUACUGCGUGUAAACACUAAAGUAUUCAAGGAAGAAGAAAUGUCUUUUAAAAAAAAGUUAACACCUGUAUGGAAGAUUAUAGCUACUCACAGAUAUGCAGGACCAUUCUUGAAGCCAGUGAGAGAAGGACAGGCUCCAGGAUAUACAGAGAUAGUUAAGCGGCCUAUGGACCUCAAAACAAUAAAACGUCGUUUAUCGCAAGGAUUAAUUAGGACAAAAGCAGAAUUCCAGAGAGAUGUCUUGCUAAUGCUUCAGAACUGCAUCAUGUACAAUAAUGUACAAUACACACUACACCAAAAAACAUUGGAGAUGCAAAGGGAUGUGCUGGAGAUUCUACAGGUUCUAAAUCUGCAGAUAUACCAAAGAUAUAAGACAAGCAACUGACAAUGGAUUGAGAAACCAUAUUUUUCAAUUCUCUUUCAUGCAUAAUUCUGAAUUCUUCAACCGAAAUAUAACUAAUCUGAGCUGAAUUCUGCUUCUAUCCAGAGUUUCUGCUGUAGAUAUUGAAUGUCAGUUCACACAGUUACAACAUUGUUAAUGUUCUACCUAUUUUCUGUAAACAAUCAAUUGUAUAUACACUGAGGGCUGCACCGCGAGUUAGAUGCUCAUGUAUGUAUUUGUAUUAGGCUGUAUUCACACCUAACACAUGUUCACCACAAUACACUGUAUACAGUACAUGUGUUGUCAUUCAUUCAGGCAUUUACAACACACUUAUACACAGUAUAAAGUAAUCUCCUACACUUCAGAAAAAUGCACUGUGUGUUGUACAGUAGUGAGCUGCACCAGCUAAAAGUGUUUCUGUCUUGAGGUUCUUUAAAGCUGAAGUCCAUGUUUCCUGACAUUUUAAAUAGUUAAUAUUAGGGUUAGUCUGGACCAAACAAACUAUUUCCAUAACGAAGUUGUGUGGCCACCCUCAGCACUGUAAAAUAUUGUGGUAGAUACAGCCACACACAAUUUGCAGUGCUGUGUUACUGCAGAAGUACGGAGAUUUCCCCUCUGCUGCCGGUACAGGAUCAAACAGGGCUGAGUGCUUCUCAGCCAUUCAGAGGAAGCCUUGUAUUUUUAUGAAUGAAUUCAAGGCUUUCUCCGAUUGGCUGAAGUGAAGAUUGUGACAUCAUCCGCCCGCCUCUCCAUCUUGGGCAAGUAGAGGAAGAUUUGUAUUCAUUCAUAAAAAUACAAGGCUUCCUCUGAAUGGCUGAGAAGCAUUCAUCCCCACUCGAUUUUGUUCACAAACGGAAAAGAAAUUUGAGAACAAUUUCAGCUAUUUCAUGCUCUGCCUGAAAGUAAAAAAAAAUAUCCAAAACUGGACAUUGACUGGAACCUAAAGCCUAAGUCUAGGUUUCCUGAUAUUUUAAAUAAUUUGUUUGAAACCUAGACUUAGGCUUUAGGUUUCAUUCAAAUUAAUGGGCUUCUAUAGUAUAUCACUCAUCAAUGCACAGAAUGUACACAUAAAUGUGAAUGAAGCCCUAGACAUUUUAU